CAUUAGCCAAUGGGUGCUUGGAUAGGGCGCGCCGGCGCCCCGCCUUCCUGAGCGCCCCGCCGCCCCGAGGCACCCUCUGGCAGACUUAGCGGCGGCGACAGCCUGGGCGGACAGUGCGCCGUGCGCAGGCGCGGAGCUAGACCUCGCUGCAGCCCCCAUCGCCUCGGGGAGUCUCACCCACCGAGUCCACCCGUUGGCCCGUCAGUGCUCUCCCCUCGUCUGCCCUCCCUAGUUCCUCCAGUGCCUGCCCUACGCGCCCGGAUGGCGGAGCUGCGGCCUAGCGGCGCCCCUGGCCCCACCGCGCCCCCGGCCCCUGGCCCGACUGCCCCCCCGGCCUUCGCCUCUCUCUUCCCCCCGGGACUGCACGCCAUCUACGGAGAGUGCCGCCGCCUUUACCCUGACCAGCCAAACCCGCUCCAGGUUACCGCUAUCGUGAAGUACUGGUUGGGCGGCCCGGACCCCUUGGACUAUGUUAGCAUGUACAGGAAUGUGGGGAGCCCUUCUGCCAACAUCCCCGAGCACUGGCACUACAUCAGCUUUGGCCUGAGUGAUCUCUAUGGAGACAACAGAGUCCAUGAGUUUACAGGAACAGAUGGACCUAGUGGUUUUGGCUUUGAGUUGACCUUUCGUCUGAAGAGAGAAACUGGGGAGUCUGCCCCACCAACAUGGCCCGCAGAGUUAAUGCAGGGCUUGGCACGAUAUGUGUUCCAGUCAGAGAACACCUUCUGCAGUGGGGACCAUGUGUCCUGGCACAGCCCUUUGGAUAACAGUGAGUCAAGAAUUCAGCACAUGCUGCUGACAGAGGACCCACAGAUGCAGCCCGUACAGACACCCUUUGGGUUAGUCACCUUCCUCCAGAUCGUUGGUGUCUGCACUGAGGAGCUACACUCAGCCCAGCAGUGGAAUGGGCAGGGCAUCCUGGAGCUGCUGCGGACAGUACCUGUCGCUGGAGGCCCCUGGCUGAUAACUGACAUGCGGAGGGGAGAGACUAUAUUUGAGAUCGAUCCACACCUGCAAGAGAGAGUUGACAAAGGCAUUGAGACAGACGGCUCCAACCUGAGUGGUGUCAGUGCCAAAUGUGCCUGGGACGACCUGAGCCGGCCCCCCGAGGAUGACGAGGACAGCCGGAGCAUCUGCAUCGGCACACAGCCCCGGCGGCUCUCUGGCAAAGACACAGAGCAGAUCCGGGAGACCUUGAGGAGAGGACUCGAGAUCAACAGCAAACCUGUCCUUCCACCAAUCAACCCUCAGCGGCAGAAUGGCCUCGCCCACGACCGGGCCCCGAGCCGUAAAGACAGCCUGGAAAGUGACAGCUCCACGGCCAUCAUUCCCCAUGAGCUCAUUCGCACACGGCAACUCGAGAGUGUACAUCUGAAAUUCAACCAGGAGUCCGGAGCCCUCAUUCCUCUCUGCCUAAGGGGCAGGCUCCUGCAUGGACGGCACUUUACAUAUAAAAGUAUCACAGGGGACAUGGCCAUCACGUUUGUCUCCACGGGAGUAGAAGGCGCCUUUGCCACAGAGGAGCAUCCUUACGCGGCUCAUGGACCCUGGUUACAAAUUCUGUUGACCGAAGAAUUUGUAGAGAAAAUGUUGGAGGAUUUAGAAGAUUUGACUUCUCCAGAGGAAUUCAAACUUCCCAAAGAGUACAGCUGGCCUGAAAAGAAGCUGAAGGUCUCCAUCCUGCCUGAUGUGGUAUUCGACAGUCCGCUACACUAGCCUGGGCUGGGCCCUGCAGGGGCCAGCAGGGAGCCCAGCUGCUCCCCAGUGACUUCCAGUGUAACAGUUGUGUCAACAGGAUCCCCACAAAUAAAAGGACAAGUGUGAGGAAGACUGCACAGCACCACCCCGUAGCCCAGUGGGGUGCAAUGCACAGGCCACGGGCCCCCCAUCUCACCUCCAGCUCAGGGGCUGCACCCCCCAACCCCCAUGGCUAAGCCCUGUGACGCAUCAGGCCAGUAAGCCUGCAAAUGCAGACCCUCCCUGACUGCUGCCUGAACAGAUUCUGGUUUGAGGUUUGACUCUGGACCCUGGCUGUGCCCCUAGGUGGAGACAGGCCUCAUUCUCACCUACCCCCUGCCGCACAGCAGGAGGUGGGCUGACGCCCAGGUGCAGAGCAGAGCAUGUGGAUGCACCGCCCAGCUCAGCUCUGGAAGCCUUUGCUACUCAAGCUCCUCCAGCCAUGGAACAAUUCCUCUGUCGUGUUUGGUUUUCUUCUUCCUUAUUUUAUUUUGUAGAAACCGGAUGGUAUUCUAUUUCUCUGCAAAGAUGUCCAGAAGCCAUGUAUAUACUGUUUUUUAAACAGAACUUUAUUCCCCGUUGAACUUUCCCAUUCUCUGACAGAGGCCUAGGGCUGUAUCUCUCCCUGGACUGCCACCAGAGAAGGUGCUUGGUGUUCGCCCGCCAACCCCAGAGCCUGGAGGAGUCGGCUGCAAAGAGAGGCUUUUCUUCUCAGCUGGGCCUGGCGGAGCCUGGGGCAGGGGGAGAGUGGAGACACCAACUUGUGCAGCUUUGAGCCUUGUUUAGCUGGGGCCAGGGAGGGAUGCUACUGUUUUCCAAGUGAAUGGGUCUCAAAGACUUGGUGACCUCAGCCUCAUCUAGGCCUUUUCCACCCAACCAGGCCUGCCUGGGAGAGGGUAAGGUUCAGCAUGUUACACACCACCCCCACUGCCACUCAGGGCCUGGGUCUCCAGCUCUGUAACCAGUCCUGUCCCAUUUUCCCAGUCCCUGGGCCUACCAGUCUCAGGCUGUAGGACUGGCUUACCAAAACCGAAAACUCCGCCUCUCAACAUCUCUUUCACUUUGGUUUUGCUAACACUGCUCUCUGCCGCUCUCCCAUCCUCCCUGUAUCCAUCCAUGCCCUGCCCUGUCUUUCAUUCUCCACUCCUCAUCCUGUCUCUUUUCCGGCAUCCUGGCCUCUCAUGGUCCUCAGCCCCUCACCCCCAGUGCUGCAGAUCUCACAGUCUGCCUUCCGGAAGCCAGCCUAUCUCUAGCCCAUGGAUUUGGAGUUCCUCUCAGCUUAUCUCCCACUCCUGACCUGGAACCAGAAAGCCCCUUUCCCACCUUCUAAUCCCCAAAUCUAGGGACUGCUAUAAUACUUCAGGAUCACUUUCCACCUCUUCAAAGCAGAGUCAUGACUAUGCAGGGCUCGUCCUGGCUCCCAUCUGCCUCUGCUACACACAUGGGCACCACCAUGGAUGCCACAGUAGCGCCCACAGGGGUUAGGACUCUGCUGAUGAGAGAUCCAGCCAAAGAGCUGCCCCCAGGGGUAUGAGGGCACCAGCUGGGUUCUCCAGGGGCAGGAGUUGGACCUCCCUGGAGCCACUAGGCCUGGCCUCCUCUGCACAUCCCCAGGGCUAUCCAGUUAACUCCAUCAAGCUCAGAGAUACAAGGCACAUCAGCCUGGAGUAUUUGGGAGAGACUGGCUCCAGGUCUUCACCAGCCAAGAUGCAAGCCACUUGGAACCUCAUGUCGGCAGCUGUGCCUCUACUGCCCUUCACCCACCACAGCAGCCCUUCCUCUGAAGCUCUUGUCUUCUGACAUUUCACAGGCAGAGAGGUGCCAUCAGUUUGCCUCCAUUCCUUGCCAUCCUGACCAGCCUCUCCCUGAACUCUCUCUUGCCCAAGGGUCCCCCACUGCAGUUCGCCCUGCUUCCAUCUGUGGUUGGGUAGGAAGGGGCAUUUUCUGAGCUAAGCUUUGUAAUCAGCUUGUGAAGCACCUGGUCAACAACUUGCCCCAGGUCUGAAGGGCCUUUGCAGACUGAAGGUAGGCACCAGCCAGCCUGUGGCCCUGUUCUGGGGGAGCAGGGAAAGGCAGGAGGAAGUGGGUGGGCUCCAAGAUGAUGAGCACAUGAAGCCUGUGGCCCCUUGGUACCCAUGCUAUGUCAGGAGCCUCAUGCACAUCCAAGAUCCUGCAGGGGCCAGGCUUCAUCUCACUGGCUCUGGGGACUGGGCAGAGCAUCAUGCAUCUCUGACCAGGCCUCCUUUCCCAUGAGCAUUGGUGCCUCCCAGAGGUGUCUCAGGCUGCUGGCUUGGUGACAGAGGACCCUCAAAGAUCAAGCCAGACUGACCUUGGACCCUGCCCAGCACAGCUUCUGGCACAGGAUGCAAGGUGAAUGUACCCUGUCUUUCCCUCCCUGCAGCUCUGUGAGAGCCCCUGACCUUGUAGUGGGUGGAAGAGAUAAGGGGCCUCCCUCCCUAAAUCUGCCUCUUCUGCAAGCUACUUGGAGAUUUGCCUAGUCCUACCCAGCCCUCCAGGUCCCUGGUGCUAGAGCUUCUGAGAAGGGCCUUUCCCUUGCUGUUUCCUGCUGUAUAAGGCAGGCUCCUGUGGCUCCGCUGGCUCAGAGUGGGCUGCAGGAGGACCUCAGACCCAGCUGCCAUUCUGAGAGGGUUUUGGGAGGCUUGUGUGAAGUCUCAGGCCUAGCUGGGGAGCUCAUGCCUCUUCCUGCCAUAACUUCCCCUUCCAAGGGCAGUGCUCUAAGGCAGGGACUAGGGAAGCUGAAGGGAGAGUCUAAAAGGGCUAGAGCAUUUUUAAAAAUAGAUACAGGGUUUUGGGACUGGGUUUUCGGAUUGAGUUGCAAGCAGGGAGAAAACCUGAAGGUCGGUGCCCCUAUGGGGCAGACCACUAGAGAAUUUCCUUUACUGUAUUUUUUUAUCCGGUCUUCCCUCUCUGGCUUCUAGGAUGUCCAUGCCAGAUGAGGUGCCUGGGUCCCUGUUACAAGUCAGGAGCCCUGUGGAGAGACCUCCCUUUUGUACAAGUACCUGAAUGCUGCAACGAGCAGAUUUUUGUAAAUUUUAUAUUAGUUUUUAAUGUCAGUGGCGACUCAGUUCCUGGGGCUGCAGCCAGCCUGGGACUUUUGUAAGAAUUUUUGGGUGACUCACUUAGAUGUUUCCUCCUUGCCUCCUCUUCCUCUGUGUAAUCUAAGUGCAUUAAACAUCUUUGCAGAAGUG